CGUCUUGGCUUCCACUCGCCCACCACGACCUCCCUCGGCCGGUGCGGGGCACAGCAGACAUUAAUGGCCUCUUUUGUCGUGGAUGAGCUCCAGAAAGAGUUUGACCAGGCGAUCGCCUCAUUCUUCUUCGAGAACGCCAUUGCAUUCAACGCUGCAAGAUCAGACUCCUAUAAGAACAUGGAGAGGAUCAUGAACGAGGCGGCCAGGUCGCGGAAGAUGUUGAAACUGCCAAGGUACAACUUCCUGAGGACGAAGGCACUGCCCACGGAGUACAAAACUGUGGAUACUGAUUUGGACACGAUCCGUGAGCCAUGGGAUGUCACGGGCCUCACUUUGAUGACGGACGGCACGACAACGACCAGCAAUAGGCCGGUCAUAAACUUCAUUGCAGUUGGGGAUUCGGGGGCUGUCAUGGUGAAGAGUGUUGAUAUGGAGGGGCAGGACAAGUCGGCUCCGGCUUUGGCGAGGAUGUGGGAGGAGGUCAUCAGAGAGUUGGGGGUGCACAGGGUCAAUGCCAUAUGCACCGACUCGGCACAGGUGAACAUUUUCGCAAGGAAAAUACUUGCUGAACACGAGGACCCGACGAUCAGGAGCAUUCCCUGGGUGCCAUGUGCAUGCCAUGUGUGUAACCUGCUGAUGUCCGACAUUGCUACAGUGCCAUGGAUUGCAGAGGUGAUUCUGCAGGGCAGGGAGAUCACCACGUUCAUCAAGAGACAUCAAAGAGCAUUGGCGAUGUUCAGGAGGGCCGGGAGGGAGUACAAGGCACAACUGGGCAUCAUAGACGCAGCAUGGAUGUUGCACCCACUCCACAAGUCGCCUAGAUUGUUCGACGACUUGGAGUCAGAAGAGAUCAUGAACACUCUGGCACACUUUGCUUCGGUUUACACAAAAGAUUCGAAGGAGUACAAAGAGUGCUGGAGGUCCUUGGAAAGUUUCCAUCACAAAACUCCGGAGUGGAUUCGCCCGAACGCAGAGGAGGCUUUGGCAUGCACUCACGUUUCACAUGCGCAAUGGUGGUUGACAUAUGGGAAGAAUCACAAGUCGUUGCAGAAGAUUGCAGUCGCCGUGCUCAGCAUGUGGACAACCGCCUCUCCAUGUGAGAGGAAUUGGUCCACCUUCGACCUUAUUCACACAAAGAGGAGGAAUCUAUUGAGCCCGGAGAAUUUGCAAAUGCUUGUCUUCAUCCAUUGGAACAAGAAGUUGCUGAAGAUGUCGAAGAUGAAGACCGGGUUUGUUAACACCGAGCGACUGGAGUGGGAGACACCGGAGGACGUGGCCCCUUAUGAUGGCUUCAUGAAAGACGGGGAGUACGACCCGGACGAAGUGAAGAGGAGAGCAGCGAACUGGUCCAAAUCUCGCGGACGUAGAUCGAAGUCGACCAAAUUCGACAUCCGGGAGCUUGAGGAGGAGAGGGAGGACGACGGGGCAUGGCUCCUUGAUCUUUCUUACCGCCCUCGCCGUCUUGCGGAUCAUGACCGUGGGAAGACCGUUGUUGAUGUUGACGACGAAGAGCCUGACCAUGACAGCGAGGAUGAUGGCGAGUUGGUUCGAGUGGAACUCGUUGACAGGCGCUCGACUAGGAGGUCAGGAGAUGGCUCAUCUUCUUCCUCCCCGCACGACCACAUCACGAUGCCAGAGGAGGGUAUUCGUUCACGACAUCAGACUUCCACAUCAGGCGGCGCAACUUCCGUGCAGGGGACCGCGUCACUCUCGGGAGCACAGCUCACCCGUCAUCGGCCACCCACGCUCGAGGAGGCAGGCACCGCUCGUGGGACCACACCCGGUGGGUCGUUGCACGUCCCCCAUGACAGUGAUGCGUUGGAGGCAGAUGCCUUUGUUGAUGCAGACAUGGACGGCCCGAUUGCUGUUGCUCCGAUGGAGGCUGAUGCGGUGGCUGAUGCGCGUGGGGAUGAUCCGGUUGGUGAGCAUGGGGAUGAUCCGGCCGGUGCCACUGCUCCAGAUGGUGUUGUUGGUGCAGUUGACGGUGGUGCUGUUGGUGCAGACACAGGGACCGACGAUGGUCCUAUUGCGAGCGGCGAUGGGUUCUUUACUCCGGAUCCGGGGUUGCGAUUGGGGGAGAGCUUCGCCUCCCUGUUACCGCACGUGGCCCCUAUUGCCCCGCGUGGCUCUGCGCAAGACUUUUGCAAGCACCUGGCUUCAAUGUCCCCAAUGCGGACUGAUGACGAGUCUUACACCCCUGAUUGGGCCAGAUUCACCGGACCCACCCCUCCCACUCUUCGGUUGGACGAGGACAUUCGGCUGGUGGCUGGGGAGGGCACACAUGCCCAAGUUUACGUUCAGAGGACCACGCCAGUCCCGGAUGGUGGAACGAUCCCACCACAUGACAUGAAUGCACGGCGUGCAACAGGGUCACCGCCUGAAAUUGACGAGAGCAAGGUGCGCCGAGUGAAGAGUUUGGCUGGCAGAAAGAAGGGAGGGAAGAACAAGGGAAAGGAGGCAGCGGCACCGAAGACGCGAGGCGGAAGAAGGAACGGACGCAAGACCGUCACGCCGCCCGAGACCUUGGAAGAAAAGAGUGCUGUUGUUCGACAGGCGAAGAGGAAGAAGGCUCAGCGAGUGCAACAGAAGGCCGCAGCAGCCAGUCGAUCGCCGAAACGCGGCCCUCAGAAGAAGAGGAAACGUGUGCAAGAGGACGACAAAUCGAGUAGCUGCAGCUCUUGGCCUUCCUCUUCUUCGUCCCGAUCGGGGUCGACGUCGUCGUCAACUGACACGAGUAGCAGCAGCAAAUGAAACGGUGUUGUUCAUGUGUGUGUGUGUGUGUGUGUGUGUGUGUGUGUGUGUGUGUGUGUG